GACGGGUGAGGGAGGCAGGAGUGUGUCAGCUGAUUGGAGAACAGUCAGCAGGGCAGAGACCUUUACCUGGCCUGUCUAAGGUCAGUUGGACUAUAAGGAGAAGGGGAGAGAUCGCCUUUCUGGCCACCACGUCGGGACAUAGCAGCUGGGUCUCUCUGUAGCUUUGCGCAGCGGGUCUCUAGCCACAUGGGAGAGGGACACCAAGAAGUCACAUUAGGUUGAUCCAGGGACAGACUUGGCCAUGGCCCUGAGGGGAGCCCGCCCCGCACUCCUGCUGCCCCUCGUCCUGCUGGUCACUGGUCUGGCCUUGGCCCGAGGGGAGUCGCGCUACGAGAAGUUCCUGAGGCAGCAUGUGGAUGCCUCUGAUCCCAGCCCGCCAGACGUCCGGCGCUACUGCAACCUCCUGAUGCGGCGCCGGGACAUGGCCACUGCCCACAAGUGCAAACACCUCAACACCUUCAUCCACAGCAGUGCCAACCAGAUCGAGCCCAUCUGCGGGGACGGGGGGGAGCCAGCCGGAGGAGACCUGCGCCUCAGCGAAGACCCCUUCCCCCUCACUGUCUGUGAGCUCCAAGGAGGGUCUGAUCCCCCCGACUGUGACUACAGCGGGUCCAGUAGUACCAGCAGGAUCGUCAUCGCCUGCGUCGAUGGGGAACCAGUCCACUUCGAGACACAGGUUGAGAGCCAGGCAGGGGAGGGGGAUGAGUCAUGAUCUCUCUAAGGGACACUAAGUCCUCCCACCAACUCCUGCAUCCAAACCCAGACCUUACCAGGAUCAACCCCCGAAUCCUCCUUGGAUCCAUCCUCUGACCCUCCUCAGAUCCAACCUCCGACCCUCCUCAGAUCCCCUCCCAAAUCCUCCUUUGAUCCAACCUCCGACCCUCCUCAGAUCCACUCCCAAAUCCUCCUCAGAUCCAACCUCUGACCUUCUUUAGAUCAAACCCCGAAUCCUCCUUUGAUCCAACCUCCGACCCUCCUCAGAUCCCCUCCCAAAUCCUCCUCAGAUCCCCCCCCAAAUCCUCCUCAGAUCCAACCUCUAACCCAUCUCAGAUGAACCCCGACUCCUCCUCAGAUCCCCUCCCAAAUCUUCCUUCGAUCCAACCUCUGACCCUACUCAGAUCAACCCCCGAAUCCUCCUCAGAUCCAACCUCUAACCCAUCUCAGAUCAACCCCGAAUCCUCCUUCGAUCCAAUCUCGGACCUUCCUUAGGCGCCAGCUCUCUGGGCAGGCCUGUCGCUUUGUUCUGUGUUUGUGCAGCGCCAGGCACACUACAACUGCAAUAUGGAUAAUAAACCACGCGCAAGGAGUUUUAUGGACAGUCCUUCCAUAUUAGGGUUUGACUCCGGUUUUGUCAUUAGCCCAGACCAAUGGCUCAGGUAGGGGUGGGGGUUUCCAAAUGGGACCUGAAUGCCCAGCUCCUAUUAACUUUCCAGAAGAGCUGUCUCUUUCCAGUCUCUGGUCUGAAUGAGAAUUAGACGUGGAAAAUUCUCAGCGACAGCCAAGCAGCCACAUAUAUGCUCAGGCUCGAGCCACAUCCAUGCUCAUGCUCAGGCUUGCUCUUCAGAAGCACCAAACAGCCAGAACUUCUGUUGACCCAACAGGAACGUAUGGAGCCCAGCAGCUCUGGAAAAUGAUGCUCAGGAAGAUUUCUCACCAGGCUUCCUCCAGGAUUUGAACCCAGGAGUCCCAAUAUACCAGCAAACUCACAAGAACUGAAACUUUAGGAAAUGGUCCUAAGCCCUGAAUUUUCUGUCCCAGUCUCCCUAGUUCCAGUUCUUGGCCCCACCUCCAUUUCCAUUAGCCAAACAGUACCAUUGCUUGAAUAAAGUCAUUAUUCAUUAGAGACCCCCUUGAAGACCUAAUCAGAAAUCAACCCAAAUGGUGCUUGAUCUGCAAGGAGGACAUGUCUCUUCCGGCUCUGCCACAGUGGUUAUAAUUCUGAGCCCCCUGAGAUGUGGCCAUGAGGGUUUUGGGUGAACACCCCCCUGAACUCCCCCAUCCUCCUCCCCCAGUGAUCAAUGAGUUACAUCAGCGUUGCCAAUUUAAUGGUUUUACAAUCCCCACCCCAUACAUUUGAACACCCCCUUGUAUUACAAUCCCUGGGGAAAACACUGCUUUGGGCUGAAUCCUGAUUCUAAGAGGUGAAAACUCAAUGCACAGAGUUAAGCUAAAGUUUGUGGACAGGAGACUACGGUUAAUUGCUGCUAGUAGGUGUCAUUCAGCCAUGCCUAGAGCAUAGUAGGUGCUUAACAACUCAGGUGUGGAGCUUCACAGCCAGCUGACAGUCCUUUGGUAUGUCUACACUAAUCCCGGGCGCUGAUUCAGGUUUGAGCCAUGCCCCCCUUCUGUCCACACACAAAUCAGCUGGCAUGACCAGGCAACCACUUUCAGCCUUCACAGGGAAAAAACAAUGCUCGUUAGCCAAGAGCAAGCCUGGGCGUUCCCCUCUCAGGACGACAGCUGAGCUGCACUGCUGGCAGGGUAGGGAAGAUGAGGCGAGACAAGCUGGGCCGGGGGACAAGAGGGCGAGGCCUGAACUGAUCAUAUGUUUUGUCAAAGCCUCUUUUUAAGAAACCCAAAAAGGGGACAAGUGGGCAGCAUGUUUCACCCUGCUCAUUAUUGCGUCCCCAAAUUAGUCACACCAAUUUUGGUCUAUUCAUUUCUAGUUCCACAUGCCAUCUCUGUGCACCCCCUUGUGGCGGGUUAACACCUUGACCUGUUUUUCAUGGCACGCACUUUCCCAUACGCUUUACAUUUGAGCUCCCAACAGGGGAACGCUUUGUAGGCCCCAUGGUCACAACAGAGGUCAAAGAGUCAUGACUGCAGAGUGACGCAUCAAGGACUGUGUAGAUUUACAGGGGUAGUCAAUUAUUUUUUGUCAAGGUCCAAAUUGCUUGGUCAAGGUCUAGUCAAGGUCCAGACUCCAGAGAAAAUAAUAAAACAAUAAUGAG